AUUCUCCUCAUCGAGCCGUCGUCGUCGUCGUCACUGUGCGACCUCACCUCACCAACGAUGAUGAUACGCACGGUAGUUGUGUGUGCAUUGAUAAUACUAUCGACCGCAAAUAAAGGUGCAAACGGUCAUCGUCGCUACGGACAGCAUGAUAGCGGAGAAGAUGAUGAUUAUUACGGACAACAGCGCGGAUACGGUCAACCGCAGGGUUUACCUGUAGGAGCCGGUUUUGGAUACAACCCAUACUAUGGCAUGCAACAGUAUGGGUACGGCGCACAGCCGAACCUGUUCGAGGUGGUGACGAAGAACACGGCUGCCGUGUUUGAUAGCGUUAAUAAACAGAUCGGACAGACGAUCAAUGCCGUUGCACGACCGAUUGGUACCGGGUUUGGAUUUAUACCGGGUCAGUUUGGAGUGCCGGGACCGAUCGGAUCGUUUGGAUUCGUUCCACCUGGCCAACAGGCGGUAUUCACACCACCUGGCCAUCAGCCUGGAUAUGGCUAUGAAGGUCAUCAUCAGCAUGGCCAUCAUGGUAGACCGAAUGGGUACCAAGGUAAUAAGAGACCACACGGUGAUUGGCAUCAAGAGGGACAUUCGCAUGAAGAGAGACCUCACCAAGGAUCAUAUGAACCGACCGUACCGAAGGCACCAGUUGCUCCUGCGCCAGUUCCUCCAAAACCUGCUCCAGUUCCUCCAACGCAACCAGCCGUACCAACACCUCCAGCAGUUACACCUGCAGCACCAGUUCAAAUUCCUCCUGUACCUUCACCACCUCCACCACCACCACCAGUAGCAGUGGACCCAAAUCCGCCACGUGUAAACCCUGCACCAGCACCUCCUGCCGAUAACAGCUGGUCAUCUGGCAAUAUUCCACCAGUAGCACCACCACCACCUGCACCUCCAGCACCACCAGCAACAGGUGAUAACAAAAUUCCUCCUGUAGCACCACCACCUCCACCGCCACCAUCUCCACCAAACAAUCUUCCACCUGUAGCACCUCCACCGCCAGCACCGAAAGAAAGCAUUUCGGUGGGAAACGAGGAAGAUGAUAAGACAAUCUACGACAUUGAUAUUCGGGGUGAGUUCGAAGGCAUUAAGGCACGACGCAAGCGUCAGUUCUUUCCGAAUUUGUUUAACCAAAUUGGAGGACUCGUAAAUACCGCCGUCAACUCUGCUGGCACAAUAGCGCAAGGAACGUUGAACGCUGGUCAGCAACAGGUUUCCAAUUUCCCGAACUUCUUCGGAAGACCUACCCGACCACAGCAACCAGCACAGCCACAAGCACCGAAUAAUCCACCUCAACAGCCACCACCACCACCACCAGCACCAGCUCCACAACAACCGUCGAAUCCACCGGUACAGCAAGGUAGCAAGACACCGGAACUUAACCUACAGAGUCUCGGAGAGGAUGGAAUGGUCUGGACGUACGAAACACUCGGUGUGACGCCACCACCAUCGGGACGCGUACGUCGUGAUACGGAUGCGAUCUUCUUUCCAGACGAUGAAGAUGAUGAUCGUUUCUCAAACUAUAACAGCAAACCUACCCGACCACCACCACCCCCACCACCACCUUCAGUUGUCCAUCCUUCCGUAGGUUCCAAUGCCGGUGCGCAGAGUCAGUCCCAGAACGUUGCGAACGGGUUCCAGCAGAGCAGUGGUUCACAGAGUCAAACACAAACCGUUCAAAACCAGCAUGGUACAUUCAACCAAAAUGCAGCGGGCAGUACGUCCGGCAAUGUGGCUGUGGAUGGAUCAUCCGGUCAGCUAAGUGCGGCCAAUACGCAACAGCAAAGCUUCCAGACUGCGCAUGGUUCGGGCAGUCAGAAUCAAGCCAACAGUCAGUCCGCGAACUUCGACAAAAAUGGCAACCUGCAGCUAUCCAACUCGAACGCAAACACCAUGUCGAUCCGGGAGAAGGAUAAGUUCAAGGAGCAAGCGAAUGCCGGAUCCUCCUCGGUGGUGCAAAAUCAAUUCGGUCAACAAUCGAGCAAUGCCCAAACCAAUUCGGAAACAUUCUUCGAGAACGGUGUGCAGGGCAAUAAGAACUCUGCCUCCAGCCAGAGUUUGCAGACCAACAAGGAUGGUUCGGUGUCCGGUUCGACCAGCAACACCAUGUCCAACACGUUUACCGGUCCGGGUGGUUUAACCGGUUCGUCCUCAUCGAGCCAAUCGUCCUCGUUCAACCAAGGACAACAUGGUGGAGCUCAGUCCGGUGCAUCCAGCGGUGCUAGCAGUGGAGCAUCCUCAAGCGGUGCAUCGUCUAGCAGCAGCUCUUCGGCCAGUUCUUCUGCUGCGGGACCGCUUGCAUUCAGCAUAAGUGGAUCGUUUGCCGGGCUUCCAAUCGGUCAGGUACCUUUGGGCAACUUUUUACCCAAUCUGUUCCCGAAGCUCAAUGGCCAGCAGCAAGUUAUGAGGGGUGCGAAUUUUUAACUCUAGUGUGUAAGGUAAAACAGAGCGUGAACUCAAAGUUCAGCACUUUAACAUGCAACGCACAGCAAAUUGUAUUUACUGAUAAUAUCAACUCCCGCAACUGAAGGGACACAACUCAACAAGAAAUGUUUGACCGUGACGGCGCUUAUUAGCGUGUUUGAAUGUUUAAUUACGUUCCGAAAUUUCAUUUCUCUUCCGGAGAGCGUUAUACGCAACCGGGUUGCCAAAAACUAAGACUGACGUUUCCAAAAUGGUCCCGAACAAAGGUAAGUUCUUUCGAAAAUUCAUUCCCUAAUGAUAUGAAUUUCUGGUUCGUGUCCAAAGCUGCCCAACACGCAAGGCAUUCGCGAGUGAUUGAUUUCCCGUUGGUUUGUCGAGCAAAUCUUGAAAGACACCUUCCAUGAAGCAUAGGGAAAGUAAAUGUGAAAUCGUGUCCUGUUUGAUUAAUCACGCCUAAUCAAACGUCCAAACAGAGUGUGUCCCGUUCCUUGGGCUAGGUAAAACACGAUCAGAAACAAACGUUUUCACUCGGAACUCAAUUCGGAAAAGCAACUGCCGUGCUAUUUACACACAUCAUCUAUGAAGGAAAUUUUUCAAAAUGGUACGAGAUUUAGUUUUUCUUACUUUUAAACAUAUCCCGCACGAGAAAACACAAAUCAAGGCAGUGGCUAAAAAUCAAUACAUCUUUGCACCUUUUUGCUCUACGCGACUGAGCAUCGAGAGACUCUGAGGCUCGAGUGAAGAAAUGUAAAUUUAUUGCUGUCAACAACCACGGCGCGCUGUCGCUGCUGGAAGCACUGCCAGCGUGCAAAAUGUAAAGUGUGCUCGAAAUUCAAUAAAAAAAUCAUUUCGCUUCAAAUAUUCGCACACUUUACCACCUGUGAAUGGGGGGGCCGUUAUCAGAUUGCUGCGGAAAAUUGGGCACAGUGGGAUAAAAAGACUGUGUGGCGCUCUGUACCAAGAAUGGGCGACACAUUUGGGGUUUGUUUGUCUUAAAGGAUUUUCGAGGUAACGAACGAAAACGGGACUCAUGGUUGGGGCUGGGUAUGUGUUUGUGUCAUCGUAUGUCAAUGAGAUUUUUGAACGUUAUUAAAGAUGUCUGCCGAGGUUGCCGUGGAAGCGUGACUGCGUGCGUAGGAGUUAUGUACAGCCCGUUCUGCAAAGGUGGUCCAUGUACAUCUCCAAUGUCUUCUUCGAGAGGCUACCUUCGCACAGAGCAGAGUAAAUAUUUUCCCAAUAAACCUUCACACGAUUGUCGAUUUUGCUAGCCGACCCCUUUCACGUGGUACAGCUUCACGU